AUGUCAAUGGCGCCGAGCUCGCCCCGGCUGCCCAGCCCGCCGCCGCCCGCAGAGAUCCAGAUCGGCCCAAAGUCCCCCUCGAUGGGCGCGCAGUCGAACCGCCAGGCCAACCCGAUGGAGCAGUCCCUGAUAGACGCCAAUUCGAGGCGUCGAGUGCACCCGGGCACCAAAGCUGCCGACGUGGCAGCUGGACCGCCGCUGGUCCCCCUUAACGAGCUCGACUCGGCAUUCCAGCUCCAAGAACACCUCGCAGCGCUCCACUACUACCACACGAACAGUAACAGCACCCCGAUAACCCGCACGACCGCAAUCCACCUCGCCACUCCCCCGCCGGGCAUCGACCGCACUCUCUGGCUCUACGAGCUGUGCCGCUUCCUCAUCUCGCAAUGCAACACUCUGAUCGUGGGCUUUCUCUUCGACUCCCCGCCUUGCAGCGCCGCAACGUGUCCCGAGAUGCGCGCCUCGGAGUGGCAGUUCCUCUGCGCCGUCCACGAGCAGCCCAAGAGCUGCUGCGCCAUCGACUACUGCUGCCACACCCUCGACUGGGCCGCCAAUAUCGUCACGGACCCCAAGAUCUUCCCCUCCCGCUUCGUCGUCCUCUCGGACGUGCACAACAAGGGCGUCGCCGUCAAGAACCUCGUCAACGUCUUCCGCCGCUUGCACCGCAUCUUCGCGCACGCCUGGUUCCAGCACCGUACCGUCUUCUGGACGAUCGAGGGCCAGACGGGGCUGUACGUCUUCUUCAAGACCGUCUGCGACAUGUACGACCUCCUCCCCGCCGAGAACUACAAGCUGCCGCCUGAAGCCGAGGGCCUGGAAACGGCCACGGCUGUGCCUGACGGUAACGGCGCGGACAAGAAGCAGCUGCCCAUGUCCAUCGUCAAGCCUCCGCCUCGUGAGGGUAUUCAGGGCGAAGACGAUAACUACCAGCCCGUCGGUCGUACCGCCACAAGACGCCACGUCAGGGCCAGUCCUUCAGUCGGCAGUGCGGUGACGACUGUGGUGGAAGCCGAGGAGGAGGACAACGACGUAGCGAGCAAGAUGCGAGACAUGCACAUCUCUGCGCCGGAAACGGUCGAGGAAGAGCCCGAGGUCGCGGAGGUGCCCGUUAUCGUCGAGAAGGAGAUCAUGGAGGAUGUCCCGUCGCCCGAGGAACAGCCGAUGGAGCCGACGGUGCACGAGGUCAAGCUGGAGCACGAGCCCGAAAAGGCAGAUCCGGUCUCCGACGACGCGGAUGAGACCAUUGUACUCACGGAAGAGGAACCAAGUAAUUCGGUGGCAGAAGGGAAGGCGGAGGAGCCCUCAUCUGGCGAGCCGGGGACGAAGGAAACCCCGGCGGAAGAAGCCAGCAAAGAUAAGAAGGACGAGGAGUCCUCUUCAACAACUGAAGUGGAUUGCGACGUCAGUACCAAGGACUUUGCCCAGGAGUCCACCAAGCCAGCCGAACAAACGACAGAGACGACGACGGAUGAGAGCAAACCCGAGAAGGAUGAGGCGGAAUCGAAAUCCAAGCCCGAGGACGAAAAGAAAGAGACUUGA